AUGGCAGAUAUGACAUUACCUAACCCAGCUCCAGCACCAUAUUAUUAUGACUAUGGUGUUGACGCACGUGUAGACCCAAAAAAGCAAACAUUAUAUUUAGAAUAUUAUAGAUAUAAAAGAUAUAAUGCAAUAGAAAAAACGAGAAUAGUAUACUAUUAUGAAGAUGACAGAAAUAAAUAUUAUAGUCAAGAUUUUACCUACCCUGAAAACAUAAGAUUAUAUUAUAAAAAAUAUUCUGACACAAACCAGAAGAAACCUGAAAUGGCUGCACUAUAUUUUAAGUUCAAAAGAGAGAAUCCUAUAAUAUCUCAUAUGUUUGAUUUAAUGAACCCAGUAGGUUCUAUUUAUACAUCUAUGGAAGCAAGAAGUCCUCAAGUAAUGUUUGGUGUUGGUGCAUGGGAACAAAUAGUCGACAGGUUUUUGUAUUGUGCAAACUCUUCAAAGGAAACAGGUGGAAGUAAAACGAUUUCAGGUGAAAAUUUACCUGCACACAGUCACUACAUAGAUUUAAGUACAUCUCAAGCAGGUUGGCAUAAGCAUAAAUUUUGGGAUUGGCACGCCUUGAAAAAAGGUAAAGGAUAUGAUGUUAAAGACGACGUUCAGUUUGCUAUAAAUUGUUACUGGAGUGACACUCAGGGAGAUGGAAACCAUACACAUCGCGUUUCGGGAUAUACGCAAACAACGGGACAAAGUAAAGAAUACAUGCCACCUUACAUGACAGUUUACGCAUGGUAUAGAAUUGCUUAG